GUUACGAUUUCGAAAACGAACCGACGUCCCGCCGCCGGCAUUUACCGAUAGUUUCGAUUUAACUUCGCCUUUAUCUCGCGUUUCGAUUACUUGUGUGAUUGUGAUAUCGUUGACUAAUUGUGAUUUGUGCAUUGGAUUUCUUUUUACAUUUGCUGCAGUUAAUUUACGCAGCGACGGUAGCUUCUCCGACCAGUGAUGACCAACACCUAGCGCUAUGGGGGUGGCCGACGAUUUUGCCCCGAGCUUCACGCAGAAGCCGCAGUUGAGGCAAGAGGACGAUGGCAAUAAGCUGGUCUUCGAGUGCCAGCUGCUCGCCGCGCCGAAGCCGGAGAUUAGCUGGUAUCGCAGCGAUGAACUGCUCCAAGAAGAUAAUAGGACGCAAUUUAAGAUCCAGAGCCUCGCGAACAACAAAUACCUCGUGGUGCUCGAACUGGAUGAUGUAAUAGAAACCGACGCUGGACUCUACAAGGUUAAGGCUAAGAACAAGAUGGGCGAGGUGGCCGCUUCCAUCAAUCUUAACUUUAGCCCUGCAGACGAAGAAAAACAGAAACAAGUAGAUGGUAGAGCGCCGACGUUCGCGCGCAAGCCAGCUAUCAGACAGGAGGACGACGGGAAACGACUGAUCUUCGAGUGUCGCAUAGAAGCAGAGCCUGUGCCCAACGUCAGUUGGUCCCACAGUGGGGUGGAGGUCAAACCUAGCCCUAGACAUAAGUUAACGGUAAACAAAGACGGCAAAUCAUACUAUGCGUCUUUGGAGAUCAACAACGUUACAGUAGAAGAUGCUGGAAAAUACAGAGUCACUGCUAAAAACGAACUAGGAGAGAGUAACGCUACGAUCAGUUUGAACUUUGACAGCGACGAAGCGCCCGUACCAGAAGAUUAUAUUAAACCAACUUUUACGGAGAGACCAAUCAUCAGACAAUCAGAAGAUGGUACAAAAAUAACGUUCGAAUGUAGAUGUGUUGGCAAACCGAAACCAACCAUUACAUGGUAUCACGGUAAAAAAUUAGUAAAAGAGAGCAGUCGAUACAAAAUAACACUUGAAGAGGAUCAGACAUUAUACCAUAUCGCGCGACUCGAAAUUAUAGGCGUAGAAAAUGCAGACAAAGGCGAAUAUAGGGCGGUAGCCAAAAACAAACACGGAGAAGGCGUAGCAAAAAUAAAUCUUAACUUCCAAAGCGGGGAUAAACCUAAAAUCCCCGACGGAAAGGCACCUAGGUUUCCUAAAAAACCUACAAUCAGACAAGAGGGUGACAUCUUAAUAAUGGAGUGCAUAUUAGAAGCACAUCCAGUGCCCGACAUUGCCUGGUUUCACGGAGACAAAGAAAUUAGAGACGGUGUUAAAAUGAAAAUGUCUAGGAAGGCAAUUGGAAAAGAUACAUAUAACUUAACGUUAGAAAUUUUAAGUCCAACCAAAGAAGAUGGUGGAAACUAUAGGUGUAACGCCUUUAACUUGUUUGGUGAGAGCAAUGCAAAUAUUGCUCUCAAUUUCCAAGGUGGGGAUGACGAAAACGGUUUCGCACCCUCGUUCGUGGAGAAACCCCGAAUCAUUCCCAACGAAGAUGGCACGCUCAUCACAAUGCGUUGUGUCUGCAAAGCUAAGCCGGCGGCUGAAGUCACGUGGUACCGGGGCACGACCGUCAUUAAAGCUAGUAGUAAAAUUCAACUCAAAUCAACUGUCAUAAGCGAAGACGUUUAUGAACUGAUGUUGCUUUUAUCGAACCCAACAGCAGCGGACGGUGGCGCUUACCGCUGUUAUGUGCAAAACGAGUUCGGAGAAAGCAACGCUAACCUUAACUUAAAUAUUGAGGCUGAGCCAGAACCUGAAGGUGAAGGCCCAACAUUUGUUGAAAAACCUACAAUCCAAUCGAAGGAAAACGGUAAAUUAGUUAUCAUGGGUUGUAAGGUUAAAGCUAGCCCAAAGCCGACGAUCGUGUGGUACCACGAGGGUAAAGAAAUCAGGGACUCAUCUAAGAUCAAAACUAGGGUCGAAGUGAAGGAAGAUAUAUACACAAUUGUAUUAGAACUCCUCGACCCUGGUAUUGAAGACUCCGGAUUGUAUAAAUGCAAUAUUAAAAAUGAACUUGGGGAGCUCAAUGCGAAUCUAACGCUCAAUAUAGAAAUCAUUCCAGUUAUUAAAGAGAAACCAAAGAUCAUUAAAAUAGUUAAAAAGAAGACUGUGAUUGUUGAAUGUAAAGUAUUAAGUAAAUUUGCUCCUUCAUGUACAUGGUUUAAAGAAGCUAGCGCUGUUAAGGAAGAUUCAAGGCAUACUGUGCUUAUAGAGCCAUUGAGAGAGGGUGAGUUUACGGUAAAAUUAGAAAUUUCAAAUGUGAACCAGCAAGAUAAGGGUUCAUAUAAACUCGUUGCCAAGAACGAGAAGGGUGAAGCAACAUCACAACAAGUAGAGAUUACUGACAUUCCUGAGGAAAAGGGUGACAAACCAGUGAUCCUCAAACACCUCAGAAGCUUGGCCAGAAAAGAAAAUGAGGAGGCAGAAUUUAUUGCUGUCCUCAAAACUUCUGAUCAGUCAUGUAGAUGCACAUGGUACAAAAACACGACGGUAGUUAGAGAUUCCUCUGAAAUUAACACCUCAUUUGAUGGUACAAACGCCCGACUCAUUAUAAGAAAAGUGACAUCUAAGUAUGUUGCAAACUAUAGAGUUGUUAUUCGAAAUGAGUUCGGAGAAGAUGAAUCAAGCGCGGACCUUACUCUUGUAGAAGAAAAGAAAAAGAAAAAAGAAGAGGAAGAAGAGGAAACAACUGUUAUCGAGGAAUCUGAAGAGGAAAUGUCGAUUGUGGAAGAAAAAUCAAUCAUAGAAGAAAACCACGUUGAAGAAAGAAAAGAAGUAAAACAAGAACAAGAAGAAGAGACUGUAAUUGAACAAAAGAAAUCAGCAGCCAAGAAAGUAUCAAAGAAAGAAGAAGUUAAAGUUGAAUCAAAACAAGAUGAAGUCACCGUUGAAGCAAAGAAAACAGAAUCAAAGGUUGAAGCGAAGAAGGUUGAAUCUAAAAUUCAAGAAUCUAAGAAAGCAGAAGUAGAAGAACAAGAAACCAAAAAGGUUCUUGAAAAGAAAACUGCUAAAACUGAGGAAGAGAAGAAGGCUCUUCUCGAAAAACUUGAAAGCAAGAAAAAGCCAGAACCAGAACCAGAAAAACAAAUUGAAGGUUUACCUAAAUUAAAACCAGUCAAGCCAAAGGAGGAACCAAAACCAACAGAAGAAAAGGAAACUACUAAGAAGACGGAAGAGAAAAAGAAAGUGAUCAAAAAGAAGGUCGUCGCUAAAAAAGAGAAAAAAGAGGACGACGAGUUUGACUUUGUCGACGAUUACGAGCGUCCAGUAUUGGAAAAAUACGAAAGAAUUACACCAACGCCCCUUGAAAAAAAACCCAAAGUGGAUGACACACCAAAGACUAAACGUGCUUCAAUUUCCGAGAACGUUAAAAGUAAACCUCAAGAAACUGAAGAAGAAACUGCAACGCCAAAAGAAACUCCGGAGAAAAAAUCUAAAGUGGAAACUAAAGAUGAGGUGGUAGAAGAAACUCGUAGGAGUAGUAUUAAAAAGGGUAUUCCUAAACCGGAGGAGCCAGUUGAUGAAAUAUCGAAGGUAAAAUUGUCGAAAGCUCCAAUAAAACCAACAGAAGAGCAACCUGAGGAACCACAAGUUGCUCAGUCUAAAAAACUCGUUAAAAAGCCUGAGGAACAAAAAGAGUUUGUUGAUGAUUAUGAACGUCCAGACCUUGAAAAAUAUGACAAAGUAUCUCCAACGCCUUUAGACAAAACUAAAAAGCAAAAUGGGGUUACAGAGGAAUCAUCAGAUUUUACUGAUGAUUAUGAGAGAACCGAACUCGAAAAAUAUGAAAAAAUUACACCUACACCUAAAGAUAAACGUCGUCCUAGUGAGACUCAGGAUGAAACUGAUAUAAUGAAAGGCAAAAUAAAGCCUAAACCAAGGGAAGCAGAACCUGAAAUGCCUACCCUUCGCAAACGUUCUGUAGCUAAAGAAAAGGAGGAGGAUAAAAAACCUGACGAGAAACCAAAAACCAAAACACCCAAAAAAGAUGAAACUAAAACCAAGAAACGUCCUUCUCUUAAGGAGAAAGAGGUUGAAGAAGAGGAGUUCAUUGAUGAUUAUGAGAGACCAGUUCUCGAGAAAUACGAAAGAAUAACACCCACACCAAUUGAGAAAAAGAAGAAGGAUGAUAAGGUCCCUGAAGAUGUGACUUCUUCAUCAACAAAAAGGCGUACGUCUGUACAAGACAGAGACAAACCUGAGCCAAUGGAAACUGACGAAAAUACAGAUAUUAUCGAUAGAGGUGUUAAACCGAAAUCAGUGCUUAAGCCUGAUGACGAGUCCACAACACGUAAACAACAAUCAAAGCCAGAACCUAUGGAUGAGGAUGAAACAAUAGAAGAAUAUUCAAAAACAGACUCCACUAAAAGUGAUAAACCUAAAUCAAAUGAAUAUGUUCCUCGUACUGAUGCAGAGCGACCAGCUGAAAAUGGCAAAGAUCAUAAAGAACCUGAAAGAGAUUACGAUGAAAAACCUAAAUUGUCUACCGAAAAAUCUAAAUUGCCUACCGAAAAACCUAAAUUGCCUACCGAUAAACGUCGUCCCAGUGACGUCCAGGAUGACGUUGUUUCUGACAAAGCAAAACCAAAAGACACUGAAGAAGAAUCAGUCAAGCCAACACUACGUAAAAAAUCGUUAAAAGAUAAGGUGGAAGAUACUAAACCUGAUGACAACGAAUCCGUUAAGACGGUUAAAAAAGUAAAAACUGUCACAAAGAAACGCCCCUCACUUAAAGAUAAAGAGGUUGAAGAGGAAGAAUUUAUCGAUGAUUAUGAGAGACCAGUGCUCGAGAAAUAUGAAAAGAUUACACCUACACCACUCGAGAAAAAGAAGAAGGAGGAAAAACUGCCUGAAGAUGUUUCUUCUACAACGGUCCAAAGGCGUCGCUCUGUUAAAGACAAAGAUAAGCCUGAGCCAAUGGAUGUUGACGAGAGUGUCAGUUUAUCUAAGCCGAAAAAGGCUGUGCCAGAGCCAGAAGACGUUUCACUUACACACACAACACCCGCGGAGACUAAACUUACGAUGGAUGAGGCUGAAGCUAAACUCAAGGUUAAAAAACCUGAGAUUGUUGAGGAGAAAACAAUUAAACGGCCUAAGGAGAAAGACCAAAAGGGAGAGGAUACAGAAGAAUCCGUCAGCCUCACCAAGCCCAAAAUUAAGACAAGCACAACCGCUCCUGAAGAUGCCACACUUACUCAAAAGACACCAGCUAAGAAAAAGCCAACGGAGGGUAGCGAGGCUGCUCAACUUAAGGUCAAAAAACCAGCCGUUGCCAAGAAGGGUGGUGACGAUGAGUACGAACUGGACUUCGUUGAUGAUUACGAGAGACCAGUGCUGGAGAAAUAUGAAAAGAUAUCGCCAACUCCCACAGUUCGGGAGAAGAAAGAAAAGGAAGUUACACAGGCGGUCACAAUGGUUGCUCACGCAGAGCAGCACCUAGCUGUCCAGACUGAAAGCAGACGUACGUCAGUGGCGUCAGUACAAAAUGAAGUACACGAAACGAAGACUGAGAGCAGAAGAAGCUCAAUUAUAGAAAACAAAGCUGUUAAGCUUACAAAGGAAUCUGCUGAGAGUAGAAAAUCUUCAAUUUCAUCGAUAUCUGAACAACAACAGGUGUCGAGCUUCAGAAAAGGAUCUCUUAAGGCUGGUGUGAAAGAGGCUGAAGUUAAUGAAUUAGAGAAAGUUAAAUUAAAGAAAGUGGCAGCCAAAGAAGAAAAGGUCGAAGAAGAAGUGAAAAAGGCAAAGGUAACUUCAGUUAAGAAGAAGGCUGAAGAUUUGCCCGAAAUCGCAGAUUAUGAUCGCCCUGAUCUUGAAAAAUAUGAAAAGAUUUCACCCACACCAACAACAAGGGAAAAGCCUGAAAAAGAACCGCCGGCCGAAAAGCCGAAAGUACCUGAAAUCAAAGCACCCGAGGAAACUCCAGCUGCACCCAAAAUUGAAGUCAGUAGGGAAAAAUCUCCAAAACCAGAAACGCCAAGAAAACCUUCCUUGUCACCUGCUCCUCCCGCUAGACGGGGUUCUCUCAUCCCUCCACCGGAGGAGAUGGGUAGACGCCCUUCGCUUAUAAUCAGCGACGAGGAGAAUAGAAAACUAAGACCCGGUGAAGUGAUCGAAGAGAAGAAGCGAAGGAAAUCUGGCGAUGCGAGACGGCCGUCGAUCCAGGAUUUGGAGGACUUGAUCAACAAGCCUUCCGUACCUUUGAAACCACUUGGUAAUGAUGGUCCACCGUCCAUUGUUGACGUACAAGAAAACUACACUGCCGUUGAAGAUCAAACUGGAUACAUCACGGUACAAGUGGAAGGCAACCCAGCGCCAACGUUCAAAUUCUACAAGGGAGUUACAGAGAUCAUUGAAGGUGGUCGCUUCAAAUUCAUCACUGAUGGCGAAACUGGUCUCAUUACGCUGUGCAUGCGCAAAGUUAAGCCCAAUGAUGAGGGAAUGUACAAAGUCGUCAUCAGCAACAUACAUGGCGAGGACUCGGCGGAAACACAGCUUUAUGUGUCCGAUGCCAGUGGUAUGGACUUCCGUGCCAUGUUAAAGAAGCGAAAGUACAAAAAAUGGGGAGAACCAAAAGAAGACCCCAACUGGGGUGACUUGAAAGAAGUUGAGAAACCUCUGCCCGCAUUAAAGAAGGUUGAGAAGAAACAAGAGUCUUUCUUGAAGCCUCUCGUAGAUCAAAAUGCAAAGGAAGGCAAGGAUAAAAAGGUGACAUUCGAAGCAAUCUUCUCGAAGCCCAAUGCUAAGCCGAAAUGGUUCUUCCGUAAGGAUGAGCUAUUCCCGGGUUCGAAAUACAAAAUGACGAACGAACAAGAUUCGUACAAGUUGAUCAUCUUCAACCCGAAGGUGGAAGACACCGGCAAAAUAACAAUCGAAAUUGGCGGCGUAUCUUGCACAGCUUUCCUACAAGUUGAAGAACCUGAUCCAACUUAUAACUUCACCAAACACCUUAAGAAAACACUCACUGGAUUCACGAAACACGAGGUGGUCCUAGAGUGUGCUGUGUCCAACAGCCUUGCCAUAGUUUCCUGGUGGAGAGGUGAAGAGAAGAUCGAAGACAAUGACGAUAUCUCGAUAUCGAAGGAUUUGUCUGGUGUAUGUAGGCUUACCAUCAAGAAAGCGAAAAUGGAAGAUGCUGCUAAAUACUCCUGUAGAAUUGAGAAACAGACUGAUAGAACUGAGUGUGAUCUGAAGAUUGUAGAAUACCAAUACAAGUUCACAAAGGUCCUCAAAUCGCAACAGGCCGUUGAAAAGGACACAAUUACUCUACUUUGUGAACUGGACGAUGCUGCUGGGGACGUUAAAUGGUACAAGAACGACCAACCGCUGAAGGCAGACAAACGUAUUUCAAUUGUGAAGGAAGGUCGCAAACGCAAGGUCGUGAUCAAGGACGCCAAAGUGACGGACGCUGGCAACUUCAAGUGUUGCAGCAACGCCGAUGAAACGACUUGCGAGCUUAUCGUCAAUUACUCUAAUCGCUUCAACAAGAAGUUGAAGGAUACUGAAGCAAUUGAAAGGGAGAAGGUUGUAUUGGAAGUGGAACUGCAGGACCAGACCGCGGAGGCCGUCUGGUCUUUCAAUGGUGUACCGAUUGUUCCUAAUGACAGGAUUGAGAUCAAAAAUCUGGGUGGUGGUAAACACCAGCUGAUCUUUAACAAGUUAGAAAUGGAGGACGAUGGUGAAAUUCUCUGCGAAUCAGGAAAACUUACCUCCUCUUGCAAGCUCACUGUGAAGAAGGGAGAAUCAAAACCAAUUAUCGAGUGUCCGGACGAAUUCCACGGCACGGCGGGUAAUCCCUUCGUCAUCGAGGUUCCAUAUAAAAUUUCUGGUACCCGUCAAACGCAAAUUGAAGCCAAACUUAUCAAGGAUGGCAAGAUACUACCCAACAAAGAAAUCGAAGCCGUGGUUGAGCAAGAAAAGGUCUUGUUCAAGAUCAAGAAGCCGGUCAGAGAAGCUUCUGGAAAAUACCAGAUCAGACUGUCAAACGCUCAGGGUGAAGACAGCAAGGAUGUAUCGAUCAUCAUGCAGAGCGCACCAACAGCGCCACAGAACGUGGAAGUGAGCGAGAUCUUCCAAACAUCUUGCGUUGUUACAUGGAAAGCACCUCAAGAUGACGGUGGUUCUCCAAUCAUCAAAUAUGUUAUUGAAAGACAGGAUCUAUCACUCAAAGCAGCGUGGGACCAAGUGGCCGAUGUGGCACAAGGUGAACCGACCAAGUACAAGGUCGAGGAUCUCAUUCCGAAGAAAACAUAUAAGUUCAGAAUCCGCGCCGUCAACAAGAUUGGAGCCAGUGAGCCUGGUAUCUUUGCCAAACCUGUAUUGGCUAAAGAUCCUUGGGAUGAGCCAUCGAAACCAAAGAGCGUCGAGCUCACUGACUGGGACAAAGAUCACGCGGAUCUUAAAUGGGAGAGGCCUGAUAACGACGGUGGAGCUCCCAUUACCGGCUAUCAAAUAGAAUACAAGGAGAAAUUCGGCAAAGACUGGGUCAAGGGUGUGGAAGUAUCUGGAGAUGUUCUGAAGGCAACUCAGGAUGGACUCAAGGAGGGGUGCACGUACGAGUUCAGGGUACGGGCCAUUAACAAGGCUGGCCCCAGUGAGCCUAGCGACAGCACCAAGCCUAUCAUUGCUAAGUGCAGAUUUGUGAAACCAUACAUUAUUGGUGAAGGACUUCAGGGUAUGAUCAUCAAGAAGGGUCAGGUUAUCACCUUCGAUAUUAAAUACGGUGGUGAGCCUGAACCCGAGGUGAAAUGGAUGAAGGGUGAAGAGAAACGCGGAAAGGCGUACACGGAGAAGGAGAUCCACGACGACGGUGACCGUAUCACCAUAGACAAGUACGAGAGGAACACUGUGCUGACGGUCAGGAAGACUACCAGACCGGACAGCGGGAAGUACAAGCUGGUUCUGACUAACUCGUCUGGUACCUGUGAGAGUCUGGCUGAUGUCGUGGUGCUUGACAAACCUAACCGUCCCAACGGACCUAUCGAAGUCACAGAGAUUCGCGCCGAAAAGGCUACUGUGAAAUGGCAGAAGCCAGACGAUUGGCAAGGAUCCGACAUUACUGGAUAUACUCUCGAGAAACUCGAUAUGGACACCGGCAAUUGGAUACCGUGUGGUGAGACCGGUGCUGAACCCACUGAGUUCACAGUGAAGGGUCUUACACCAAACCACAAGUACAAGUUCAGGGUCCGCGCUGUCAACAAGGAGGGCGAGUCUGAACCAUUGGAGACUGAUGGAUUCAUCGUUGCGAAGAAUCCUUAUGAUCCUCCAAAAGCCCCAAGCAAGCCUACCAUCAUCGAUUAUGACAAUAUGUCGGUUACAUUGCAAUGGGAGCCACCGACAGAUAACGGUGGACGCCCCAUCCUCGGCUAUGUUAUUGAAAUGAAAGACAAAUUUUCACCUGAUUGGAUUGAGGUGAGAAAAACAACAGACACCAAAACCGAGGCGAAGGUGGAAGGUCUGAAAGAGAAGAUGAUAUACCAAUUCAGAGUGAGAGCCUACAACAAGGCUGGUGUUGGUGAUGCUUCUGAACCCACCGACAACCACCUCUGCAAGCACAGAAACUUGAAACCACGCAUCGAGCGCAGCACAUUCAAAUCAGUGAUCAUCAAAGCAGGCCGCACUCACAAGUGGUCUGUCGACGUCAUCGGUGAACCACCACCAGAGAUGACAUGGUCAUGGCGCGAAAACAUCAAACUGGUGAACACCGAGCGCAUCAAGAUCGAGAACCAGGAGUAUCACACGGACUUCACCAUAGUGAACGCGGUGAGACGCGACACCGGGAAGUACACGCUGCGUGUGGAAAAUUGCAACGGCUUCGACGAAGAGACGGUUGAGCUGACCGUGCUCAGCAAGCCUAGCUCGCCCAAAGGUCCGUUGGAAGUGACGGACGUCCACGCGGAGGGCUGCAAGGUCAGGUGGGAGAAGCCGGAAGACGACGGUGGUUCACCGGUCAAGGAGUAUGAGGUCGAGAAAAUGGAUCUCGCCACCGGCAAAUGGGUGCGCGUGGGCAGGGUCGCCGGAGACAAGAAGCCCCUGGAGAUGGAUAUCACCGGCCUGGAGCCAGGACACCAGUAUAAGUUCCGUGUCACAGCCGUCAACGACGAGGGUGACUCUGAACCUCUGGAGACGGAGAAGGCCACCCUGGCUAAGAAUCCUUUCGAUGUCGCGGACAAGCCCGGAAACGUAACAGUGGCUGAUCACGACAACCAGAGCGCCGAGAUCAAGUGGGAGCCGCCCAAGAGCGACGGCGGAGCGCCCAUACAGAAGUACAUCAUACAGAAGAGGCCCAAGGGCGGAGACUGGGAAAAUGCUGCUGAGGUCCCCGGAUCGGCGACCAGUGGCAAAGUGGAGGGCCUGCCGGAGGGCGGCGAGUUCGAGUUCCGCGUGAUCGCGGUGAACAAGGCCGGACCCUCGGAGGCCUCCGAGCCGACUGAGAUGACCACCAUACGUCACAAGGCCUUGAAACCCCGCAUCGACCGCACUAAUCUGAAGGCGGUGGCGGUGCGCGCGGGCAAGCCGAUCUUCUUCGACGUGAACGUGAGAGGCGAGCCGGCGCCCAAGGUGCAGUGGUUCCGGAAGUGGAAGGACGUCGAGACCGAGGUCACAGAAAACGUGAUAAACGUGGACUACAACACGAAACUCGACAUCAAGGAGUCCGUCCGCGCCAUGACGGGCAUGUACCGUAUCCUGGCGACCAACGAGCACGGCAAGGAUGAGGCUGAGGUCGAGAUCACGGUGCUGUCCUCGCCCAGCAAACCCGGUGGCCCGCUCAAGGUGGCCGACGUCACCAAGAACGGCUGCAAACUGUCCUGGAAGAAGCCAGAGGAUGAUGGAGGCAAACCGGUAACCGGCUACGUGGUGGAGAAACUGAACAAGGCCACCGGCCGCUGGGUGCCCGUCGGCAAGACUGACGACACGGAGAUGGAGAUCAAGGGUCUGCAGGAAGGAGAGGAGUAUGAGUUCAGAGUGAAGGCGGUCAACGAGGAGGGAGAGUCGGAACCGCUGAAGACUGACCACUCGAUUGUUGCUAAGAAUCCUUAUGAUAUCCCCGGCAAACCCUCCGUCCCAACGAUCGAGGAUUGGGACGUGGACCGCGUGGACCUCAAGUGGGAGGCGCCGAAGAACAACGGUGGCGCACCCAUCACCGGCUAUAUUAUCGAAAAGAAGGACAAGUACGGACACUGGCAGGAGGCGCUCGUUACUACGACGCCAGAAUGCAAAGCCCGUGUGCCGGAGCUGAAGGAGGGCAACACUUACCAAUUCCGCGUGAGGGCGGUCAACAAGGCCGGCCCCGGAGAACCUGGCGAGCCUACACAGCCGCACUUGGCUAAGGCUAGAUUCUUGAAGCCACACAUCAACCGCGACAAGAUGGUCGCCAUCCGCGUGCGUGCGGGCACCACCAUCAAACUGGACGUCGACAUCAAGGGUGAACCCCCACCGACCAAGACUUGGACCUUCGCUAAGAAGGUCAUCGAGACCGGUCCAGGUGUGAAGCUGGAGAACGAGGACUACAACACGAAGCUGCAGAUAUUCGAGUCCUCCUGGAAGAACACCGGCAUUUACACGCUCAAAGCGGAAAACGACUCCGGUGUUGAUGAGGCCACUGUUGAGAUUACUGUGCUUGAUAAGCCAGGCAAACCCGAGGGCCCGCUCGAAGUGUCCGACGUACACGCAGAACACGUCAAGUUGUCCUGGAGCAAGCCCAAGCACACCGGUGGCUUGCCCCUCAGUGCGUACAUCGUGGAGAAGAUGGACACCAUCACCGGCAAGUGGUCACCCGCCGGCACCAUCGACCCUGACGUCACCGAGGCUACUGUUACUGGCCUAGAACCGGGUCACACCUACCAGUUCCGAGUCAAGGCGCUGAACGAGGAGGGCGAGUCGGAACCUCUGGAGACAGACCACGGCAUUCUCGCCAAGAACCCAUACGAUGUGCCAGCUCCACCAGGUCUUCCAGACAUUGUGGACUGGGACGAGAAGUCCGUCAAGCUCAAGUGGGAACCCCCCAUCAGGGACAAUGGGGCACCCAUCACCGGGUACAUUAUUGAAGCUAUGGACCGGGACCGCGGAGAGUUUGUUAAGAUGGCGGAGGUCCACGGCAACGUCUGCCAAGGCACAGUGCCCAAGCUGGAGGAGGGCAACCAAUACCAGUUCAGGGUGAGGGCGGUGAACAAGGCUGGACAGUCUGAACCCUCGGAGAAUACCAACUGGCACACUGCUAAACCGAGAUUCUUGAAACCCCGCAUCGACCGCACAAACCUCAACCCGAUCACGGUCAAAGCUGGUCUCCCAGUAUCCCUCGACAUCAAGGUCUUCGGCGAACCGCCGGCCACAGUCACCUGGCACUUCAAUGGCCAGGAGCUGGCCAGCAGGGACAACCUGGAGAUCAUUAACGUGGACUACAACACCAAGUUCCUGAUGACGAAGAGCAAACGCGCCAACAGUGGCAAGUACACCAUCAAGGCGAAGAACGAAGUGGGGGAGGACGAGGCGGAUGUCGAGAUCAUUAUUGUUGGCAAACCAUCGAAGCCCAAGGGUCCAUUGGAGGUGUCUGACGUGACGAAGAACAGCUGCACGCUGACGUGGCAGAAGCCGGAGGACGACGGCGGUUCCCCGAUCGAGUACUAUGAGAUUGAGAAACUCGAUCCUCUUACUGGACAAUGGAUCCCAUGCGGCACGGCCAAGGACUGCAAGGCGAACGUGGCCGGUCUGCAAGAGGGCAAACCUUACAAGUUCCGCGUGAAGGCGGUCAACAAGGAGGGAGAGUCGGAGGAACUGGAGACGGAGAAGACUAUUAUCGCUAAGAAUCCAUUCGAUGAACCUGGAAAGCCCGGAAGACCAGAGCCCCGAAACUGGGAUAAGGACUUCGUGGACCUCGAGUGGUCGCCGCCCAAGGACGAUGGCGGAGCGCCCAUCACUGGCUAUAUCAUACAGAAGAGGGAGAAGGGUGGCAGAACGUGGUCGGACUGCCUGCGCACGUCGGGCGAGCGCCCCACGGGCCGCGUGACGGACGUGGAGGAGGGCCACGAGUACCAGUUCCGCGUCAUCGCGGUCAACAAGGCUGGCCCUGGAGAGCCUUCAGAGCCCAGCAAGUCGGUGAUCGCCAAGCCUAGAUUCUUGGCACCGCACAUCGACCGCAAGAACCUGCAGAAACGUAAAGUGAAAGUGGGACAGACCCUUAAAUUCGAAGCGGACGUGAAAGGAGAGCCAGAACCAACUAUCACAUGGGCUCGCAACGACCAGGUCCUGAAGGCUGACGAGCGCCUCAAGAUCGAGAACCAGGACUACCACACCACAUUCAUAUUACAGAAGCUCACCAGAGCUGAUGGUGGAAAGUAUGUGGUUACAGCGAAGAAUGAUUCCGGCGUGGACAGCGUGGAGAUUGAAGUAACGGUGGUCAGCAAGCCGGCUAAACCGAAGGGACCUUUGAAGGUGUCCGAUGUGAAAGCAGAUGGCUGCAAGCUGAAAUGGGAAGCCCCAGAGGACGAUGGUGGCGAACCGAUCGAGAGCUACGUGGUCGAGCGUAUGGACACGGAAACCGGAAGGUGGGUGCCGGUGUGCACCACCAAGGUGCCGGAAGCCGACGUCACCGGCCUCAACGAGGGCAAGGACUACAUGUUCCGAGUGAAGGCGGUCAACCCGGAGGGUGAAAGUGAACCCCUGGUCACGGAGACCGCUACGACCGCCAAGAACCCGUAUGGGGAACCCGACGCGCCGGGCAAGCCCGACAUAAAGGACUGGAGCGCGACCCACGCGGACCUCAAGUGGGAGAAGCCGGCCAACGAUGGCGGCGCACCCAUCACCGGGUACAUCAUCGAGAAGAAGGACCGCGAUACCGGCAAGUGGGUGAAGGCUGUUGAGGUACCCGGCAACAAAACAGACGCUCGUGUACCGGAUCUAAUCGAAGGCAAGACAUACCAGUUCCGUGUGAAGGCGAUCAACAAGGCUGGCCCCGGGAAGGCUUCCGCGCCCACGGAUAGCUUGCUUGCUAAGGAUAGAUUUGCUCCACCGAAAAUCGAUCGCACAAACAUGCGCGACUUGACUCUCAAAGCGGGACAGAACAUCAGGCUCGACGUGAAGGUCAGCGGUGAACCGCCACCGACCAAGACCUGGUUCCACAACAAAGAGCGUCUCUCCACCCGAGAAGACCUCACAGUAGACGUAGAAGACUACAGAACUAAAUUGUCCGUGGUGGUCGCGUCCCGCAAGCACAGCGGCACCUAUGUGCUCAAGGCUGAGAACAGCAGUGGCAAGGACGAAGCUACUAUACAAGUGAUUGUCCUGGAUGUGCCAGCUAAACCUGAGGGACCUUUGAAGAUAUCCGACGUGCACAAAGAGGGUUGCACGCUCAAGUGGAACGCACCGCUCGACGACGGUGGUGCACCGAUCGACCACUACCUCGUGGAGAAGCUGGACACAGAGACCGGCAGAUGGCUCCCGGCCAUGAAGACCAAAGAGCCCAAGGCUGAGGUGGAAAACCUGGUGCCUGGACACGAGUACAAGUUCAGGGUGUCUGCGGUGAACAAUGAGGGUGUCUCCGAGCCACUAGAGGGAGAACACUCGAUCAUUGCUAAGAAUCCGUUUGACGAGCCCGGCAAGCCCGGAACACCAGAAGUGGUCGACUGGGACAAGGACCACGUGGACCUCAAGUGGCAGAAGCCGCUCAAGGAUGGCGGCGCUCCCAUCACUGGUUACAUCAUUGAGAAGAGGGAGGUCGGAUCACCCAAGUGGGUGAAGGCCUGUGAGGUGGGUCCCAACGACAACGAGAAAGCGACAGUGAGCAACCUGGACGAAGGCACCGAAUACGAGUUCCGUGUGAGAGCCGUCAAUGAAGCUGGCCCCGGAGAGCCUAGUGACGCUAGCAAGUCUGUCACCUGCAAGCCUAGGAGAUUGGCACCGAAGAUCGACCGGCGCAGCCUGCGCGCGAUCAAGGUGCGCGAGGGCGAGCCGAUAUCGCUGGACGUGAAGGUGUCGGGCGAGCCGCCGCCGGACGUCGCCUGGUCGCUCAACGGCAAGAUGGUCACCAGCGGCAACGGGCUUAAGUUGGUGAACGUGCCCUACAUGAGCAAGUACCAGCACUCGAGCCCGCGCCGGAAGGACUCCGGCACUUACAAGAUACAAGCCACCAACAAGUACGGCCAGGACACCGCCGAAGUCGAGAUCACUGUUGUUGGCAAACCCGACAAACCCGAGGGACCGCUGGAAGUAUCAGAUAUCCACAAAGAGGGCUGCACCCUCAAGUGGAAGAGGCCCAAAGACGACGGUGGCGAGCCCAUCGAGGCCUACCUCGUGGAGAAGUACGACACAGAGACUGGCGCUUGGCUUCCAGUGGGCAAAACCAUUGGAAACGUGCCUGAGAUGGAGGUUGACGGUUUGAUCCCCGGCCACGAAUACAAGUUCCGCGUGAAGGCGGUCAACAAGGAGGGAGAGUCGGAGCCCCUCGAGACCUUUGGACCCAUCGUCGCUAAGGAUCCAUUCACCGUGCCAGAAGCCCCGUCGACCCCAGUGCCGGACGACUGGUCGGCCAACCACGUGGACCUCAAGUGGGAGGCGCCAGUAUCGGACGGAGGGUCGCCAGUUAUUGGUUACAUCAUCGAGAUGAAGGACAAGUACAGCCCGCUGUGGGAGAAGGCGGUGGAAACCCACACGCCCACGCCCAGCGCUACGGUUAACGGGCUGAUCGAAGGCAACGAGUACCAGUUCCGUGUGAUCGCCGUCAACAAGGCCGGUCAGAGUAAACCCUCUGACGCGAGCAAGACCUUCGUGGCCAAGCCUCGGUUCCUCGCGCCCAAGAUCGACAGGCGCUACCUGCGUGACGUCACGCUGUCCGCUGGAUCUACCUUGAAGCUCGAGGCCGCGGUGUCUGGUGAACCGGCUCCGGCUGUUGAAUGGAGAUACCAGAACAUGCCGCUGCGGCCGUCCAAGGCGGUGACGAUCGACUCGCCGGAGUACUCCACGAAGCUGGUGGUGCGGCCGGUGCGGCGCGACGACACGGGCGAGUACACCGUCAGCGCGGUCAACUCCAGCGGCAAGGACACGGUCACGAUCAACGUGCUGGUCACCGACAAGCCCACCAGCCCCGAGGGGCCGCUGCAGAUAUCGGACGUGCACAAAGAUGGCGCUACACUCAAGUGGAAGCGGCCGAAGGACGACGGCGGUGCGCCGAUCGAGUACUACCAGAUCGACAAACUCGACACCGAGACUGGCGUCUGGGUGCCCUGUGCUAGAUCUGAUGAGCCUAAAUGUGACGUGACCGGUCUUACCCCGGGCAAGGAGUACAAGUUCAGAGUGUCCGCCGUCAACUCGGAGGGAGAGUCUGAACCGCUCGUGUCCGAAACCAGCAUCGUUGCUAAGAAUCCGUUCGAUGAACCUGGUGCACCAGGCACGCCCUCCGUCACCGACUGGGACAAGGACCACGUGGACCUCAAGUGGUCGCCGCCCCGCGAAGACGGCGGAGCCCCCAUCGAGGGUUACAUCGUGGAGAAGAAGGACAAGUUCGGCAACUGGGAGAAGGCGUUGGAGGUGCCAGCCGAUAAGACCACCUGUACCGUGCCGGAUCUCAUUGAGGGACAGACUUACGAGUUCCGCGUACGCGCAGUGAACAAGGCGGGUCCGGGCGAGCCCAGCGACAGCACGCACCCGAUAGUGGCCAAACCGCGCAACAUGGCGCCCAAGAUUGACAGAACCAACCUUAUUGAUAUUAAGAUCAAGGUUGGACAGAAGUUCGCGUUCGAUGUUAAGGUGUCCGGAGAGCCAAUGCCCGAGACGAAAUGGUUCCUCGGCAAGAAGGAAGUCAAAUCGGGCGGUGACGUCAAAGUGCAGCACUCAGACUACAACACCAAGAUCACUUGCAAGUCGGCGAGACGGGCGGAUAGCGGCCGGUACACUGUAACCGCUGAGAACAGCAAUGGCAAAGACGUCGCUGAGGUGGAGGUCAUCGUGCUGGACGUGCCUAGCCCACCGGGAGGACCCCUUAAGGUAUCAGACGUGCACGCAAACGGCGCGAAGCUAUCCUGGAACCCACCUUCGGACGACGGUGGUCAACCAAUCGAAAAGUACGUGGUGGAACGUAUGGAUGAAGCCACCGGUAGAUGGGUGACCGCCGGGGAGACGGACGGACCGGUGACCAGCCUGGCGGUGGAUGGGUUGCAGCCCGGACACAAGUACAAGUUCAGGGUCCGCGCUGUUAAUAGGCAAGGCAAAUCCGAACCACUUACCACGCCCCACGCAACCGAAGCGAAGAAUCCAUUCGACGUGGCAGGCAAACCGGGUACGCCCCGUAUCCGGGACUUUGACCGGGACUUCGUGGAGCUCGAGUGGACGAGACCGGACAGCGAUGGAGGGGCGCCCAUCACUGGAUAUGUGAUUGAGAAAAAGGACAGAUUUGCCCCAGAUUGGGAGGAGUGUGCUCAGAUCGAGGGCGACGUUACAACUGGCAAAGUACCAGACCUGAUCGAAGGCAACACGUACGAAUUCCGCGUCCGCGCUGUGAACAAGGCCGGCAAGGGCGAGCCCAGCGACGGCACCGCGCCGCACCUCGCGCGCCCCAAGAACCUGCCGCCCAAGAUCGACAGGAACUUCAUGUUCGACAUCAAGAUCAAGGUCGGCCAGAACUUCGAGCUGGACGUGCCCGUCGCCGGCGAGCCCACGCCCACAAAGGAGUGGCUCCACGAGGACAACCUCGUCUUCAACAGCGACAGGGUUAAGGUCAUCAACGACGAUCACUCCACCAAGAUCAGAGUGGUUGAUGCGAAACGCGCCGACACUGGAACCUAUACACUCAAAGCGAAGAAUAUCAAUGGUACGGAUUCGGCGACCGUCAAGAUUCUCGUCAUGGACGUUCCCGCUCCGCCAGAAGGGCCGCUGCGUGCGGACGACGUUACGAAGUCUGGCUGCACAUUGAGAUGGAGGCCACCCAAGGACGACGGUGGCUGCGAAAUCACGCACUAUGUUGUUGAAAAGAUGGACCAAGAAAACUUGCGCUGGAUCCCAGCCGGUGAAGUGCAAGGAUGCCAUAUUCGCAUCGAUCAUCUUAUCGAAGGUCACGAUUACAAUUUCCGCGUCCGCGCCGUCAACAAACAAGGAGAAUCUCAGCCAUUGGUCGGCCAAGAGCCGAUCACCGCUAAAGAUCCCUACGGCACACCGGACAAACCUGGCACGCCUGUCGUCAAAGACUGGGACAAGGAUCACAUGGAUCUCGAAUGGGUUCCGCCCAAGAAAGACGGUGGUUCACCUAUUACUGGCUACGUCAUCGAAGCUAGAAAAAAAUACGGCCCGUGGGAAGUGGCCGCUACUGUACCUGGAAACAAAACAACGGCAACAGUACCUGGAUUGCAGGAAGGAGAGGAAUAUGAAUUCAGAGUCAUUGCUGUUAACAAGGCCGGUAACGGUGAGCCCAGUGACGCAUCCACACCUCAAGUCGCUAAAGCGAGAUUCUGUGCACCGACAUUCGACAAAAUGCUGCUGGCAGACAAGACUGUUAAAGCCGGACAGAGAAUUCAAUACGAGAUACCGAUAGAAGCAUCUCCUAAACCGACCGUCGAAUGGCAGAUCAACGGCAAACCCGUCCAGCCAUCUGACAGAAUUGAUAUUCAAAUUCUACACAACAGGGUUAUUCUAGACAUUCCAUUCUCCGUGCGUUCAGACGGAGGCGUUUACAAAUUGACACUUAAGAACGACUUAGGAGUUUGCUCAGCCUCUGCCCAAGUUAUUGUAUUAGACAAACCAUCCAGACCAGAGAAACCAUUGGUUGUAUCGGAUGUCACAAAAGAUUCAUGCUCGCUAUCCUGGAAGGUGCCACUUGACGACGGUGGUUCACCAAUCUUGCAUUACGUUAUUGAAAAGAUGGAUCUGUCCCGUGGAACUUGGUCAGAUGCUGGUAUGAGCACAUUCCUAUCACACCAAGUGACCAGGCUUAUUCACAAGAAAGAAUACUUGUUCAGAGUCAGUGCUGUGAAUGCUAUUGGACAAUCUGAACCUUUGGAAUUAGACCGUGCAAUUGUUGCGAAGAACGAAUUCGAUGAGCCGUCGGCUCCUGGCAAACCUCAAGCUACGGACUGGAGCAAGAACCACGUUGACUUGGAAUGGACUCCGCCUAAAUCUGACGGUGGCUCGCCUAUCACUGGUUAUAUUAUUCAAAAGAAAGAAAAGGGCAGCCCCUACUGGGUGAAUGCUGCUCACGUGCCGCCUAGCAAAAACAAGGCAACUGUACCAGAUUUGGUUGAAGGACAAGAUUACGAAUUCAGAGUGAUCGCUGUGAACCAAGCAGGACAGUCUGAGCCCAGCGAGCCUUCAGACAUUGUCACAGCUAAAGAUAGAUUCGUGGCACCAAAGAUUCUUACGCCACUUAAGGAGAUCACUAUCAAGGCUGGUCUUAUUUUCCAUUUGGACGUGGACUUCAUUGGUGAACCUAUUCCUGAGGUUAAAUGGACCUGCGACGGCAAACCAGUGGUUACAAACGAGAGGACUACAGUUACAUCUGUAGGCCAUCACACUAUCAUUCACACUGUGAACUGCAAGAGGUCAGAUGCUGGUAAAUAUCAUCUUUCGCUGAAGAACGAUUCAGGUGCAGAUGAAGGCAGCUUUGAGCUGAUUGUACUUGACGUACCCGGCGCACCUCAACCUCCAUUCGAAUACGAAGAAAUCACUGCACAAUCUGUUACGUUGUCAUGGAAACCACCUAAGGAUAACGGUGGCAGUGAACUUACUGCUUACGUUAUCGAAAAGAGAGAUUUGACCCACGGAGGCGGCUGGGUACCAGCAGUUACAUAUGUUAACCCACGCAAUACACACGCGACUGUACCACGCCUGGCAGAAGGCACUAAAUAUGAAUUCAGAGUAUUCGCUGAAAACUUGCAGGGUCGCUCAGAGCCGCUAGUCACUGACAAACCUGUAGUCGCGAAGAAUCAAUACACAGUACCCGGCAAGCCAGGUAAACCUGAGCUAGUUUCCGCUGACAAGGAUCACAUUAAAAUCAAAUGGUCAUCGCCCAUUUCAAACGGUGGAUCCAACAUCAUUGGCUAUGAUGUUGAAAGGAGAGACAAAGCUACGGGUCGCUGGAUCAAGGUAAACAGAGAGCCAGUCAGAAACAGUGAAUACAAAGAUGAAAGAGUACAAGAAGGCCAUCAAUAUGAAUAUAGAGUUUCAGCUGUUAACGCAGCUGGAGCUGGUCAACCUUCAGAUGAAUCUAACGUGUUCAUUGCUAAGCCAAUGAAGGAGAAGCCUAAAUUGAGCUUAGACCACUUGAUCGGACGCAAGAUUAAGGUCCGUGCGGGAGAACCGAUCAAUAUUAACAUUCCAAUCGCCGGUGCACCCACACCGACAAUCUCCUGGACGAAGGGAUCUGUUCCAUUGGUUCCUUCACAUAGACUCACGUCAGAAACCACAGCUGACAUCACUAAGCUUAGCAUUGAGAAAUCUACAAGAGACGAUGCUGGCAAAUACACGAUCACAGCAUCUAACGAACAUGGAAAAGAUUCUGCUGAUAUUGAAGUCAUUGUUGUAGAUAAACCUGGUCCACCAAAGGGCCCGUUGUCUUGCACACCUGUGACACACGACACAAUGAGCCUUACAUGGCAUCCACCCACAGACGAUGGUGGCAGCGAGAUCACUGGCUACAUUGUCGAAGUUGCUGAAUUUGGUGUCAACGACUGGCGCACAGUUGCUGGAUUCUGUCCAAAAUGCUCAUUUAACGUUAAGAAUUUAACAGAAGGCAAGAAAUACGUGUUUAGAGUACGAGCUGAGAACUUAUACGGUAUUUCUGAACCAUUAGAGAGCAAACCUAUCGUUGCUAAAUCACCAUACGAUCCACCAGAUGCGCCUGAUACACCUAGAAUCACAGGCUACAGUGCAAACAGCUGCUCUCUCGAAUGGGAGCCACCUACAAACACUGGAGGAAAACCAAUCACUGGUUAUUAUGUUGAAAAGAGAGAACGUGGAGGUGAAUGGAUUAAGGUUAACAACUACCCCACGCCUAACACGUGCUACACAGUUCAAGACUUACGUGAAGGCAACCGAUAUGAGUUCCGUGUUAUUGCUGUUAAUGAAGCAGGUCCAGGCAAACCCAGCAAACCGACAGAGUCUAUUGUUGCUGAAACACAAAGACUUAAACCUAGCGCUCCCGAAGCGCCCAAACCAGACAGAGUUACGAAGGAUUCAGUUACGCUCUCUUGGAGACCACCUAAAUCUGAUGGUGGAUCUAAGAUUAAGGGCUACAUUAUUCAACAGAAAGCCAAAGGCGAUAAGGAUUGGAAGGACGUCAAUACUGAGCCUAUUCCUAGCCUCGUGCACACUGUGCCUAAACUCAAAGAAGGUGAAGAAUAUCAGUUCAGGGUCAUUGCAGUUAAUGAUGUUGGUAAAUCAGAACCUAGCAAACCAACUUCGGACAUCACUAUCGCUGAACAACCGAACAAACCUUGCAUGGACCUUGGUGGUGUACGCGAUAUCACAGUUCGUGCUGGUGAAGACUUCUCUAUUCACGUGCCAUACACUGGCUAUCCACAGCCUACGGCAUCGUGGUUCGCGGAUGACAAUCUACUGGAUGUUGAAGGAGAUUCUAGAAUAUUCCAGAAGCUUACGCCUGAAUCGGCGUCACUCGUCGUCAAGGACGCUAGAAGAUCAGACGGUGGACAGUACCGCUUACAACUACGCAACCCGUCAGGAUACGACACGGCCACUAUCAACGUGCGUGUCCUCGACAGACCUGGAAAACCAGAGAAUCUGCGCGCGGAUGAAUUCGAAGGUGAAGCGCUCACCUUGUACUGGAAUCCACCAAAAGACAAUGGCGGUGGUGAAAUCACCAACUACGUCGUCGAGAAACGCGAAGCUAGAACUCCAACCUGGACAAAGGUUUCCGGGUACGUCACGACACCGUUCUUACGCGUGAAGAACUUGUCUGUGGGCAGAAGUUACGAAUUCCGCGUCAUGGCUGAAAACCAGUAUGGACAGUCUGAACCGGCACAAACGCUGGAACCGAUCAAGGCUAGGCAUCCAUUCGACCCUCCGGGCGCACCCGGGGCACCGAGAUCGGUGGAGACUACGGAAUCUUCAAUCACAGUUACUUGGACGAAGCCCCGCCACGACGGCGGAUCGCCUAUCACGGGCUACAUUCUCGAAAAGAGGUUGAUAACCGAGGACAAAUGGACGAAAGCGUCGCACGCGCACAUACCAGACACGACGUACAAAGUGACCGGUUUGAUCGAGAACCACGAAUACGAGUUCCGCGUGUCAGCUGUGAACGCGGCGGGGCAAGGGCCCUACUCCGCGAGCUCGGACGCCAUCAGGGCCUGCGCGCCGCCCAACGCACCGCGCAUCACCAGCGACCUCAGCCUCAGAGACAUCACCGUCAUCGCCGGGGAAGAGAUCAAGAUCACUGUGCCGUUUACUGGCAACCCCAGGCCAAAGGUAUCAUGGAUGGUAAACACCGAUGAAGUGUUCCCGGACCACCGCAUCCGUUUCAUCACAUCCGACAUUGACACUGUGUUCAUCAACACCAGCGCUAAGAGAUCGGACACGGGAUCUUACACUGUGAAGCUGGUGAACAGCGAGGGAUCUGAUAGUGGAACUUGCAGGGUCCUGGUAGUAGACAGGCCAUCGCCGCCAGUCGGCCCAAUGGAGGCCUCUGACAUCACGCCCGACACCUGCACUGUGUCAUGGAAACCACCGCUGGACGAUGGUGGUUCACCCAUCACCAACUACAUCGUUGAGAAGCUGGACAACACUGGUGUAUGGUCAAAGGCGUCCUCGUUCGUGCGCAGCUGCCACUACAACGUGAUGGGGCUGGAGCCGAACCGCAAGUACCUGUUCCGCGUGCGCGCCGAGAACCAGUACGGUGUGUCGGAGCCGCUCACCAUGGACGACCACGUUACCGCCAAGUUCCCGUUCACGAUACCGGACCCGCCGGGCGUGCCCCGCGUGACCGAUUGGGACGGAUCCACCGCGACCGUCGUGUGGGACCGUCCCCGCUCCGACGGCGGUGCCCGCAUCCAGGGCUACAAGGUGGAGUUCCGGGAUGUCGGGGACGCGGUGUGGGCCGCCGCCGACUAUCUCGUCAAGGACUGCAAUUAUCAGGCUUACAACCUGGAGCCGGGCCACGAGUACGAGUUCCGCGUGCGCGCCAAGAACGCGGCCGGCUUCAGCAAGUACUCGGCCGCGUCGCAAGUGUUCAAGGUCCGCGGUCGCGCCGCGCCGCCGUCGGCGCCGCGCGCGCCGCGCGUGCUGCGCGUGGGCAGGAACUACGUCGACGUGGCCUGGGACGCGCCGCAGAGCGAUGGCGGUGCUCGUAUAACGGGCUACAUCAUCGAGCGUCGCGAACUAUCCAGCUCCGUGUGGGUCAAGUGCAAUGACUAUAACGUCAUGGACACCAGCUUCACAGCACUCAACUUGAGCGAGAAGGCUGACUUCGAGUUCAGGAUCAUCGCUGUUAAUUCAGCUGGCAAAUCCGAACCAUCAUCUUGCACAACACCCGUCCGCACCGGCGAGGACGUCGGCGGAGCGAAGCCCGAGUGGCUCAAGAAGUUGCCGCCCAACACCUGCGCGCCGCUCGGCAGACCCUUCACCCUCGAGUGUGUGGCGUCCGGCAGCCCCGUGCCCACUGGCAGGUGGCUGAAGAGCGGCAGGGAGGUGGUGCUUGGCACAAGACUGAUAGCAGAGUCCCGCGAGGGCACUCUACGACUGAACUUCACGGAGGUGACGGAAGCCGACGAGGGUGACUACACGUGCGAGGCGCACAACUCCAUCGGACACAUAUAUUGCACUGUCCAUCUUAAGAUUGGAAGUCCACCACGCAUCACCCGGAUGCCAGGAGACCUCCACCUUCCGGAACACGAAAACACGAAGAUCAAGAUCCUGUACACCGGAGACCAGCCCGCCGACGUCACGCUGUCCAAGGACGGCAGGAAGGUGGACGAAUCCACGCACCUCAAGUACACGGUGUUCGAUGAUUAUAUCCUUAUAUUCAUUAAGGACAUCACUAAGGAUGAUAUGGGCACCUACAAGAUAACAAUCAAGAACAGCUCCGGCGAGGUGUCGGACACGUUCUCGAUCACGGUGACCGGGCUGCCGGGCCCGCCGCAGGGCCCGCUGGAGAGCGGCGACAUCACGCGCCACACCUGCACGCUCGCCUGGAAGCCGCCCGCCUACGACGGCGGUCUGCCGGUCACGCACUACGUGCUCGAGAGGAUAGACAUCUCCGGCACCACCUGGAUAACCAUAGCGUCCUCUGUGAGGGACACCAGGUUCACGGUGCACGGCCUGACGGAGGGACAGGAGUACAACUUUAGAGUGCACGCCGCCAACGAUAACGGCAUCGGACCUGGAUUGGAAGGUGUCAAUCCGGUUAAGGCAAAGGCACCAUUCGACCCACCAUCAGCGCCUGGUAUCCCCAAGAUCGUGGAAGUGGGUGGACACUUUGUUCACCUCGAAUGGGACAAACCCGAAAGCGAUGGAGGAGCUAGGAUACAAGGCUACUGGGUGGACAAGCGCGAGGUGGGCUCGCAGAGCUGGCAGCGCGUGAACGCGACACUGUGCGUCGCGACGCAGCUCAACUGCGCCAACCUGAUCGAGGGCCGCCAGUACGAGUUCCGCGUGUGCGCGCAGAACGAGGCCGGCGUGUCGCCGCCCAGCACCAACAGCCAGCAAGUGCGCGCCUGCGACCCCGCAGCGGCCACACCGCCAGAGAUCGUUAAGCCGCUGAGGAACGCGAACUGCAUCCAGUACCACAACGCCAAGUUCACGUGCACCAUCACCGGCGUGCCCAAACCCACCAUCACCUGGUAUAAGGGUGCGCGCGAAAUUACGAACGGCCCCCGCUACCGCAUCUGGAGCGAGGGUGACAACCACUUCCUCACCGUGCUGGAGGUGUACGGUGAAGACGCCGAUGAGUACCAGUGCAGAGCGGUGAACAAGGCUGGAGCCAAGAGCACCAGGGCUGAACUGCUGAUUAUGACCGCGCCGAAACUGAACGUGCCACCGCGAUUCCGCGACACAGCCUACUUCGACAAGGGCGAGAACGUGGUGAUCAAGAUACCGUUCACCGGACAUCCGGUGCCGAAGAUCACGUGGGUGCGAGAGGGAGAGACUAUUGAGUCUGGCCUGCACUACCACGUGGAGAGGAAAGAACGCCACGCGAUCUUAACGAUCCGCGACGCGAGCAAAGUGGACUCCGGUCCGUACCGCAUCACCGCCGAGAACGAGCUCGGCCAGGACUCCGCUACCAUCAACAUUGAGAUCAGCGACCGUCCGGACCCACCGCGGUUCCCAUCAGUGGACAACGUGGGCGUGGACUCGCUGGCGCUGAGCUGGCGCGCGCCCGUGUGGGACGGCGGCUCCGACAUCACCAACUACCUGGUGGAGAAGCGCGAGCACCCCAUGUCGAGCUGGAUCCGAGUGGGCAACACCAGAUUCACAACCAUGGCCAUCACCGGCCUAGCGUCUGGCAAGCAGUACGAGUUCCGCGUAUACGCUGAGAACAUCUACGGAAGAUCAGAUCCCAGUGAACCCACGUCCCUGGUCCAGACCAAGGCGAUUAUCAAGAAGGAGUUCAAGAAGAAGGAGUAUCCUGUGGACGAAACGGGCAAACGGAUCCGCACCAACGCGGACCACGGGCCGGUCAAAGACUACGACAGUUACGUGUUCGAUAUAUACAGCAAGUACGUGCCGCAGCCCGUCGAGAUCAACACGUGCUCCGUGUACGACAAGUACGAUAUACUCGAGGAAAUCGGCACAGGCGCGUUCGGCGUGGUGCACCGCUGCCGCGAGCGCGCCACCGGCAACAUAUUCGCGGCCAAGUUCAUCCCGGUCACCGGCGCCAUGGAGAAGGAGCUCAUCAAGAAGGAGAUCGACAUCAUGAACCAGCUGCACCACAGGAAGCUGAUCAACCUGCACGACGCGUUCGAGGACGACGACGAGAUGGUGCUGAUUUUCGAGUUCCUAUCCGGGGGCGAGUUGUUCGAGCGCAUAACGGAGCCCGGAUACAACAUGAGCGAGGCGGAAGCCGCUCACUACAUGCGGCAAGUGUGCGAGGGAGUCAAGCACAUGCACGAGCAGAACAUCAUCCACCUCGACCUCAAGCCGGAGAACGUCAUGUGCCAGACGAGGAUGGGCACUGAUGUGAAGAUCAUUGACUUCGGUCUAGCUACCAAGUUGGAUCCUAACGAGGUUGUCAAGAUAUCCACUGGUACAGCCGAAUUUGCUGCGCCAGAAAUAGUGGAACGAGAACCGGUCGGCUUCUACACUGACAUGUGGGCCGUCGGUGUUCUCGCUUAUGUAUUACUAUCCGGCCUGUCACCGUUCGCCGGUAACAAUGACAUCGAAACGCUCAAGAAUGUAAAGGCUUGCGACUGGGAGUUCGACGAGGAGGCGUUCCAGCACGUGUCUGAUGAUGCGAAGGACUUCAUCAGGCGGCUGCUGGUCAAGAAUAAGGAGAAGCGCAUGACGGCGCACGAGUGCCUGGCGCACCGCUGGCUGGCGGGCGCCGGCGCGGGCCGCGCGCCCGUGCCCGCCGCGCGCCUGCUCGCGCUGCGCGACCGCUGGCGCGCCAAGUACCAGAACUGGUCAUCAUUCGUGCUGCCGAUCGGCAGGAUAAGCGAAUACAGCUCGCUACGUAAACUCCUCAUCGAGAAAUGGAAGAUCUAUGAUGGACAAUUUGACCGCCGGCAAGCGGCCCCACGGUUCGUGAUCAAACCGCAAUCGGCGUUCUGCUACGAGGGCCAGUCGGUGAAGCUGUACUGCCGCAUCAUCGCGUGCGCAGCGCCCACCGUCACCUGGUCGCAUAAUAACCGUGAAUUGAGACAGUCUGUUAAGUAUAUGAAGAGAUACGCCGGUGAUGAUUACUACUUCAUCAUCAACCGCGCCAAGCUGGAGGACCGCGGCGAGUACAUCAUCCGCGCCGAGAACCACUACGGUUUCAGGGAGGAAGUGGUCUUCCUGAAUGUGCAACCGGUGCCCAAGGUGCAGCGGCAGCACGUGGCGGAGGCGCCGCGGCGGCGCGAGCCGACCCCGUACACGUUCUGGCAGGAGAGCAGCGAGACGGCGCCCUCGUUCACGUUCCAGCUGCGCCCGCGCGUCAUGCAGGCGCGCGACACCUGCAAGCUGCUCUGCUGCCUCAGCGGCAAGCCGCCGCCCACCGUCAAGUGGUACAAGGACAAGCGCGAGCUGUCGAAGUACGACUACGCGAUGACGAACUCGGACGGCGUGGUGACGAUGGAGAUCAUCGACUGCCGGCCCGAGGACAGCGGCAAGUACACGUGCGUCGCGACCAACGUGCACGGCACCGACGAGACCUCGUGCGUCGUUAUCGUUGAAGGCGAGAUCGUAAGCGCUGAGCAAGCAGCGCUUGCGCACAAUUUGCUACACUCCGGCGAAAGGCGAUACAUUGAGAAGCCACUCAAACCUGCGCCUACGCCGAUCAUUACUAAGACUAAGGUCACAAUCGACCCGCCAAGCAAAUCGAGCACAGUGCAGAGGCCGAAGUAUUCGCCGCAGAGCUCGGUGGAGGGGGGCAAGAAGAAGUAUGGCGCUAAACUAGACUCUGACUCCACUUCGUCUAGGUCUAGGAGCGCUACCAAGGAGCUUAUAUUGCCCGCAGCGGACUCGUCGAUGUGCGCGCCGUCGUUCGCGCGCGCGCUGCCCGACGCGUGCGCGGCGCGGGACGGCGCGCCGCUGCUGCUGUCCGCCGCCGUGCGCGGGGACCCCGACCCCAGGGUCGAGUGGUUCAAGGACGGCCAGCCCUUGCACUCUUCUGAGGUCGUGGACCUCAAAUACAAGAACGGCGUGGCGUCUCUGGCCAUCAACGAGGUGUUCCCGGAGGACGAGGGAGUGUACUCCCUGAAGGCGAUCAACAGCCAGGGAGAAGUGGAGACCAAGUGCAAAGUCUCCGUUAAAGCCUCCGACAGCGGUGCGAGCGCCAAGCUAGGCGACAAACCGCCAAGGAUCGUAGACCACGCCGUCUCACAAAUUGUAAACGAUGGUGACGCCGUCACAUUGUCCUGCAGGAUAACGGGCGCGGAGAGGUUCGACGUGGUGUGGCUGCACAACAACAAGGAGAUCAAACCGUCGAAGGACUUCCAAUACUCGAGCGAGGCCAACAUCCACAAGUUGCAUAUCGCUGAAAUAUUCCCCGAGGACGCCGGCGUAUACACGUGCGAGGCGUUCAACGACGCGGGCGAGUCGUUCUCGGCUUGCACUCUGGUCGUGUCCGUGAGCGGCGAGACACCGGUGGUACCGCAGUACACACUGUUCCCAGCAUCCGCUACGGUCGUCGCUGGUGAACCUGCUGUGUUCGUCGCGGAGUUGGAUAAGCCACCACUCCAACUCCAGUGGCUGAAGGACGGCAAGCCGAUCGACGAGUCGUCCACACGCUACAGGUUCACCAUGGAGGGCUCCUCCAAGUACCGGCUUGAGAUUGCAAGCGCGUGCGCAGACGACUGCGGCCAGUACGCCGCCAGAGCCGCCGGCUCCAAGGGAGACGCCUUCGCAGCCUUCUGCCUCAACGUCGUCGACAACUGACCACUUACAUACACUACAUAUAGCUAAGGACCCAGCGAAGCACCCUGAGACGACCCCCAAAGAUAAAUUUUACAAGCGCAUAUUCGAAUGAUUGUAACGACUAUACAACACGGAGUCUCGGGAUUCGUUUAAUUAUAAUUUACAAAAAAAUAAAAUAUAUUUAUUAUUUAUUAAUUUA